AAAUGAAGACACAAACAUUUUUUUCUCAUAUAUUUCCAUCUACCCUUUUCUCUAACAAUGUCUAAAACAAAUGUAAGAAAACAAAUUAUAGAGAAAAACAACAUUUUCAUCAAAGAAAAAGAAAAGCCAAAAACUACACAAUUAGGGUUUUUCAAUACAAAUUUCAAGAAAGUGUAUCCAAUUGGAUUACAUAGAAGCGAUUCUUCACUAUCAUUAUCUUCUGUUUCUUUAUCUUUAUCACAAAACUCAAAUGACUCAUCUCUUACUGAUUUUUCAACUAGUACUCCUACUCCUCUUGAUCGGAAAAUAUCGUUCGCUCUUCGGUUAAUUACACCGCUUGAUCGACGAGAAGUUCCAGUAAUUUCAAGGAAUGUUCAACAGCAACAACAGAUUCAAGAAGGUGAUGGUGGGGAGAUAAGGAGGUGUAAUUGGAUCACAAAGAAUAGCGAUAAAGUCUAUGUUGCAUUUCAUGACGAAUGUUGGGGAGCACCAGUCUACGACGAUAAUCAAUUGUUCGAGCUGCUUGCCUUGUCUGGUAUGUUGAUGGACUACAACUGGACUGAAAUUUUAAAAAGAAAACAACUAUUCAGAAAAGCUUUUGGUGGAUUCGAUCCGAACAUUGUUGCUAAAAUGGGAGAGAAAGAAAUCUUAGACAUUGCCUCCAAUAAAGCAAUCAUGUUGCCUGAUAAUAGAGUGAGAUGCAUAGUAGACAAUGCCAAAUGCAUAGUGAAGAUUGAAAGAGAAUUCGGAUCUUUUAGUAGCUUCAUGUGGGGAAACGUGAAUUACAAGCCAACCAUCAAUAGAUACAAAUAUCCAAGAAAUGUACCCCUUAGAACCCCAAAAGCAGAGGCUCUUAGCAAGGAUUUGCUCAAAAGAGGAUUCCGAUUCGUCGGUCCGGUGAUCGUUUACUCAUUCUUGCAGGCAGCAGGGUUGACAAUUGAUCAUCUUGUUGAUUGUUUUAGGUAUAGUGAAUGUGUAGCCCUUGCAGAAAGACCAUGGAGGCACAUCUAACAAUACUACUAAAUAUAUUUUAUAAGCUCUUUCCGAAUAUUUAAUAGUUUUAUUUAUAUUUAUGUUUUUUAAAUAUCUUAUUUCACCUCUCGAAUAGUCAUUGAUCUUUCAUUUCUAUCUCUUUCUAACUAGUAAUCUAUUGUAAAUUCAUCUAUAAUUUCGUUUUAUUAGUUCCUUCGAAAAGGGAAUGUAAAUAACAAACACAUUAUUAUUAUUA